AUGGUACUCCUUCACCUUGCUGCCGGUUUUCUGGCCGUUGUUGCUCCGACAUCAGCUUUGAUCUUUGAGGUACCAGCAUCAGCACCGAGAAAUGCAAGCGCUCAGCUGGCUGAGGCACCAGUAGGCCUCUCAGACCGUGCGACAUAUGAUGCGUCUUCCAGCAGCGCAGUCACCUACACAGUAGCCGAUCCAGCAGAUGCACCUUCAUCACUUACAUUUGGCCCGCCAUUCAUAGCCCUGGCUGCGGACUACGACGGUCAGGUUAUCAUAGGUCUUAAUCGCCGUCUGAACAAUCAGUCCAACACGAUUGCUGCAGCCACUCUAGCUAAAGAUACAAUACAGAACCUUUAUGCCAUAGAGCUUGGAAAUGAACCUAAUUUCUUUUCCGCUAGCGACCCUAUUGCAGACGGCGGGUCAUGGGAUGCUGCAGCCGACUAUAAAUCUCAAGUGGCUUGGCAGGAUGCAGUCUGCCAGAAUCUGUCCUCAUCAGAUCUCAUUUCAGCAGGCGUCUAUUUUGGCACAUCGCCCAUGAGUAUCUCCGGCUUGUCUUCUGUUGAGGGCGAGGCCAACGACCUUGUCAAGGACUACUGCUCGCACAAUUAUCCCCAGUCACCAAACACUGCUGAUCUGGCCGGUCUGAUGAGCCAUAGUGGUAUUGCAUCUCAAAUCCAACCCUUUGCCGCUGAGGCUUCAGCGGCGGCUUCCAAAGGCAAAGCUCACAUUUUUGGAGAAACUAACUCUGGUAAUUGCAUUCUACUACGUGAUGCAAACUAUUCUUAUGGGCACGCAGGUCCGUACUGCUGGUGGGGGCGCUACAAUAUGGGUGCACCUUAUUAUGGCGCCUACUUUGCGACAAUGGCUCUGGCCAAUGCAGAUCAGAUCGCUCCGCUAGAUGACCAGACAACUCCGUACGCAGCAUACGCAAUUUAUCAAGACGGCGCACCGUCCAGGGUACUGUUGUACAACUCAGACUACUACACCAAUGGCACACGCCCGUCGCAGACCUUCACUCUGAACGGACUGACAUCCUCCAGUGUCACCGCGAAGCGGCUAACAGCACCCGACUCUACCUCCAGAGUUGAUCAGGGCCAGGUUCCUACCGUUGCCGGCCGAACCUUUGCAAACGAAACAUGUGUGAUCCAGGGUGAUGAAGUCAUAGAAACAAGCACCGUGUCUUCCGGUUCAGCCACAUUUACGCUCAGCGCCUCAGAAGCUUUGCUUGUCUAUCUCUAA